AUGCUGUACCUCGUGGGUCUCGGCUUGGCCGACGAAAAGGACAUUACCGUCAAGGGUCUGGACAUUGUCAAGAAGGCGGAGCGUGUCUACCUCGAGGCGUACACGGCGGUUCUGCUCGUGGAGAAGGAUGUGCUUGAGGCUUUCUAUGGCCGGGAAGUGAUUAUCGCCGACCGUGAGAUGGUCGAGUCGUCAAGCGACGAUAUCCUCAAGGACGCCGACAAAGUCGAUGUCGCAUUCCUUGUAGUAGGAGACCCAUUCGGGGCAACGACACAUACAGACCUUGUUCUUCGCGCUCGCGAACUCUCCAUUCCCACGCGCUCGAUUCCCAAUGCCAGUAUUCUCACUUCCAUUGGCACAACUGGCCUGCAGCUGUACAACUUUGGACAGACAGUAUCCAUGGUCUUUUUCCUGGAUAAUUGGAAGCCCGCUUCCUUUUACGACCGCAUCAAAGAGAAUGUUUCGAUUGGCUUGCAUACGCUCGUGCUCCUGGACAUCAAGGUCAAGGAGCAAAGCCUGGAGAACAUGGCGCGAGGACGCAAAAUCUACGAGCCGCCGCGGUACAUGACGGUUGCGCAGUGCGCGCAGCAGAUGCUCGAGAUUGAAGAGGAUGUCAAGAAAGAGGGGGCCUACACAAAAGACAGUCUGGCCGUGGGUGUUGCGCGCGUCGGCGCAGAGGACCAGCAGAUUGUGGCGGGAACACUGGCACAGCUUUGCGACGCGGAUCUGGGAAAGCCGCUGCAUAGUCUGGUGCUGUUGGGCAAGCGGACACACGACCUUGAGAGGGAUUUCCUCGAGGAGUUCGCCGUGGACAAGGACAACUUUAGGGAGAUUUGGAAGAGGGACUACGAGGGAAAGUCGUAG